AUGGUCUUCAACAUCCUCAUCCUCAACGAUAUCGCCAUCAAUAAUAUCCUCAACGGUAUCGCCAUCAACAUCAACAUCACAUUAUUUGGAGAAAACGCCUCUCACUAUGUCUUCCAGGCCUUGCAACGUACUACUAAAGGAUCGUCGGUCACCAUCAGUAUCCCCAUCGCGAGAAACCAACCUUCGAAGUGCAGAUCGAUAUUGUCUAUGGCGCAUUCUUGGGUGAAUUUGGUGCAAAACUCUUCUCGCCAUAUUAUAUGGGCCAACGGCCACGAAUAUCUGACUGAAAUUGAGAUAUUUACACCACUUGAAUAUCUCAAUUUCGGUUAG